CCAACAAUGUUUUGUACAAGUGCCAAAAAAUUUAACGGUUAUUGACAACUUACUUACGAGCAGCCUGGAUCAAUCGUGGGCUUUUUUCCCCCUCUCAUUUUUAUGUGAAUCCAUUUAGUGCAACAGUCUCAGUUUCCAAACUCAUAAAAGACACAAGAGCUGGGUAGUUUCAGGUCCUACCUGAUUUUAGAGGCUUCAUCUUGAUGCAAGACCAGAUAAGAGAGAGAGAGAGAGAGACUUCAACCAAACCUGUGUAUCUGAGGUCAUCAUUGUCCUAUAUGUGGUUCUUUGCUUCGGUUUAUUGAAAAGGAAGAGCCCAUUACAGCAUUCGAGAGAUAGAAAGGCCUGGCCCCAAAGUACUGUUGCCGGCUUUCUGCUGGCUGGAGAUGAGAUACGUACACUGGGAACAGAGAAAAGGACAAACGCUGAAUACAAAUUUGGAUCAGUCUCCCUGGUGCCUACUGCACUGAGAAAAAAUCAGUAUUUUUGGAAUUCACAAUACGACAUCUACAAUUGAAAAGGGUCCAAAAGACAGCUUGAACACUUAGAAGCCAAAUUGCCAAUGCCAUGCCACAGUUUUCCAACUCUCAAACUUACGCCUGAAUUACCCAAAUGGGAAGUGAUGAGACUUGCCUGAAAUUUGCACAAACAAGGGUCAACUAGAAACAAGAUGGCUCUGGAUAACAGGUCACUGGACUUGUACUAUAGCAGCAACACCACAGAGCUUCCUGACGUUACGACUACUCCAGCAUCCUGGGACGAGCCCACGCUGUUGGGUCUACAGAUCUCGCUGUCAGUGCUCUUGGCUCUUGUCACCCUGGCUACGGUGCUCUUCAACGCCUUUGUUAUAGCCACAAUAUUUAUGACUAGGAAGCUUCACACCCCUGCCAACUUCCUGAUCGGCUCAUUGGCUGUCACAGACCUGCUGGUGUCUAUCCUAGUUAUGCCAGUUAGUAUCCUCUACACUGUGAGCAAGACCUGGUCUCUGGGGCAAAUUGUUUGCGACAUUUGGUUAUCAUCUGAUAUCACGUUCUGCACUGCAUCCAUCUUGCACCUGUGCGUGAUCGCUUUAGAUCGCUACUGGGCCAUUACAGAUGCACUGGAGUACUCAAAACGCCGCACUAUGCGCCGGGCAGGAAUCAUGGUUGCUGUGGUGUGGGUGAUCUCCAUAUCGAUUUCUAUGCCUCCACUUUUCUGGCGGCAGGCCAAAGCCCAAGAGGAGCUGACAGAGUGUGUGGUGAAUACAGAUCAGAUCUCCUAUACCUUAUACUCCACCUUUGGCGCCUUCUACGUCCCCACAGUGCUUCUUAUCAUCCUCUAUGGACGGAUCUAUGUUGCUGCUCGCUCCCAUAUCUUUAAAAGUCCAGCGUAUUCUGGGAAGCGCUUCACUACAGCGCAGCUCAUCCAGACCUCCGCAGGCUCUUCUCUCUGUUCUCUUAAUUCCGCCUCAAACCAGGAAGCACACCUACACUCUGGCACGGGGAAUGCAGGAGGCGGAGGAGGUGGGUCGCCUCUGUUCAUGAAUAGUGUGAAAGUAAAGCUGGCAGACAGUGUGCUGGAAAGGAAACGACUGUGCGCAGUGCGGGAAAGGAAAGCAACCAAGACGUUGGGCAUUAUCCUGGGUGCAUUCAUCAUCUGCUGGUUACCGUUCUUCAUCGACACGCUCAUCAUAGGCAUAUGUAAAGAGUGUUGGUUUGACCCCGUGCUUUUUGACAUUUUCACAUGGUUGGGAUACCUGAACUCCCUCAUCAAUCCAAUUAUCUACACUGUGUUCAAUGAUGAGUUCAAACAGGCUUUCCAAAAACUCAUGAAAUUCAGAAGGCUCUCCUGAGAACGUUCCAGCACAAUAAAAUUGACAUUUUUGAAGAAUGGAGACAAGCGAGAAAUUUCACGUCAGACAUUAUCGAUGAUGUUUGUGAACAUCUAGCAGAUAAACCCAGUACUGAGACAUUUUUAGCCACUUCUCUGACCCUUUCUCAUGCAGCUCUGUGCCACAGCUCUUUAGAUAUCGACAAUAAAAUAUACAUGCAUGCUGCAAAAGAAUGUUCUCAUCCCCAAGGAAUAUGGUUCUCAUCUUCUGAAGAAAAGGGGAACUGGAGCCUGUUGCGCAUCAAAGAGACAUCGUUCUGUCUUCAGCAAAGACUAAAAAUGCACGGGAAUAUGUGUAAAUGUAUGGAAAGACCAAGUACAAUGGCUGGAUUUCACCCAGUCGAAAAGAAAAGUCAUAAAAUGUAUAUCGUCUGUGUUUUGUAUCAUCUGCUGCUUCCACAUAAUGCUUUUGACGUAAAGUACAACCUUCAGAAAGAAGAUAUCCUCAAAAUGAUGAAGUAUAUUAAACCUUAAAGCGG